AAUUUGUUUUUUCAGGUAUUUGAAAGAGAUUUGAUUCAGUUGCCUUCAAAGUUGCGUGAAAAGGUGUAUGCACUUCCUGGGAUUAUGCAAGCGUCACGAGCGGAUUCAACUAUAAACAAAUAUUGUAACAGUUUCCUGAGAUUUAAGAAGUGGGCAAAAGAACAAGGAAUCGAGGAAAGUGAAUUAUUUCCUUCAAAACCUUUACAUGUAUCUAUUUAUUUAGCAUGCUUGGUUCAACGGGCAAACUCUCCAUCCCCUGUUGUUGACGCAUUCUAUGGAAUCAAAUGGGCUCAUGAUCUUGUGGGAUUCAAUUCUCCGACUGACAAUCAGUUUGUUAAAAACAUUAUGGAAGGUGGGAAACGUAUAGUGGCAAAACCUGUUCAAAAGAAAGAACCAAUAACUGUUGAAAAUUUACGUUCUGGGAUUCAAGACGAUUCAGAGGAAUAUGUAUUUUGUGCUAUUUCGAAAUCGGGAAGUGGUUACCGGUUGCGUAAUCGUGAAAAGCCUCUGUCUUACACCAGGGUUCGUGAAUUAUUCAUCGAAGCAUUUACAGGAAUUGUAGAUAACAUCAAAGUUUAUGGACUUCACAGUUUGCGGUCAGGUGGAGCGACUACGUCGGCAGUGAGGGGAAUUCCGGACAGGAUAUUCAAGAGACAUGGACGUUGGCGUUCGGAAUCUGCUAAGGAUGGAUAUGUCCAGGAUCCGCUUAGUGAACGUUUAAGUGUUUCCAAAGAACUUGGUUUAUAAUAGUUGUAAUCAUGUUGUUUAUUGAUUAUAUUGUAUUUUUUUGUAUUGAUUUUUCUGAAAAUAUAUGAAGUUGGAUUACGUUAUUAUAUCCUAUAUUAAUAGUAGCAUUAGUUCCCCGUUCUUUAUAUUUACAUAGCUGCAGCGUGUCGUUGCUAAUUCCACACAAUGUGUUGUUAUUUACUAGUAUCAUAGUAUUCAGCUUUCAUUUGGAAAGUAAUGAAUGGAUUUAAA